AUGCCUAGGGUGGUGACUGCCCUCGAGUUGAGAGAUCACCGUGAGAAGGACAACUGCUGGAUGGCGAUACUCGGAAAAGUAUAUGAUAUCACCGAGUUCCUAUCGGAGCAUCCGGGUGGAUCGGCGAUUCUGCUGAGGAAUGCGGGUAAGGAUGCAACAAAAGAGUUUGAGAAAUUCCAUUCAGAAGAUAUGAUCGAGAGAGUUAUGCCUGAUUCUGCCCUUGUUGGUGUUUUUGAAGAAAUUGUUGACACUACAUCGUCAACGGCUGAGGAGGAAGUCCCUGUUGAGAGAUCUAUCAGUGAUAGUGAAGCUACGCUCGAUAUGAUGCUAAAUGCGAUGGAUUUCAAGGCAGUUGCUGAGAAAAAAGUAUCGGCUGAGGGAUGGGCAUAUCUUUACUCUGCUGCUGGUGAUGAAUUCUCCUACGCUGAAAAUGAAGAUGCAUUUUCCAGGUGA